CAUUCCUACCUUAAAUGUACUUACGUCCAUUAAGAAAUAUAAAUAAGAGUGAAAAAUUUCCGUGACAUCACACACAGAAUUGCAAAGUCAUCGCCUUCAGUUAUUUGGAGAGAAGCUUUUGUACUUAUAUUGCGAAAAAUGUAGCCGACCUUGUCAAUGUUGAAGCUGCAAUGUCGAAACUCAAAACUGCUAUAAAAUACGAUCCCACGUAAUUUAUCGUUUGCUUUUAGAGGAAUGCGGAUUUCGCACGGUAGAUUAAAAAUAACAGAAGCUAAAAGGCAUUGAAAUUCGCCCACUAAAUAGGAAUCUGGAAACGGGAAAAUGACCAGAUGUGUAUCGAGAGUUGAUAACAGAGAUGUCAGACUCGAAUCCAGAUGCGAUAAAUUGUUUACGAGGGAUAUCGAUUAAUGAAUUUCGCGAUGAUCAACUACCUUCGAUUUUUCAGGCCCUCUUUGUUCCUAGCAAUUCAGUUGGUGUUGCUGAUACAAUGCUGGACAGGCAUAUUAGCUGCUAACGAAGUGUUAUUAUCCUGCUCAUUUACGGCAGGAACAUGUGGAAUGUUUAAUCGUCCUGAUUCCAGAGCAGAUUGGAGCAGGGAGUACCUCACAAUAGGAGGGAGAUACGGUUACGCUAUGGUUGUACGAGGCAAUGCAGCAAACAACCACUUCGCCCGACUACAAACUCCCAACCUCUCUACUAACGAUGCCCGAAUAGGAUGCAUGAGGUUUCGGUACUUCAUCAGUGGACGGACACCUGCUUCUUUGUCUGUCAUCAAGCAAGGUUUCGUCACUCAGUACGUUUUCGCCAACGCCCACAAAACAGAAGACCACUGGGAGGCAGCUGAAUUUGAUGUUGAAUUCCUUGGCGACAAAGUAAUGUUUUACUUUGAAGCAGAUACGAGAGUUCAAGACUAUGGAGACAGUGUAGUUGCAUUUACAGAGCUUACUAUUUCUACUGGUUCUUGCCAAAACAAACGUUAUCUUGGAUAAAUAAAUUUUACUUUCUAAGAUGA